ACUCUCUCACAUGGCCCACAUAAAGAUUCUACAAUAUGGGUUACUUUUUAUUUUCUCCAUUCUUUAAUCUUCUUCUUUUGUGUGUGUGUUAUAAAUCCUUCUUUCUUUACAAAAGGCUUCUUAACUCCCUGGCAAAAAAAAAUCUAGUCUGUCUCUCUUUUUAUUUAUUUUUGUUCUUGUUAGAUUGAUGGAGAACUCUUAUAAUUCAUGUAUGAAUAAUACCAAAGCUGUGGCCUGUAAAGGAACCACAGACUGUGUCCCUGAGGAGAGUGGGUGGACUAAAUACUUUGAAGAUUUCUCAAAUUAUAGAGAACAUAGUUUCUCUUCUUGUCUUGAUAACUCUUCUUUGGUCUCUGAUGCUGAUUCUAGUGCCUUAUGGAAAAAAUCCCAUAACAAUUUAAAGCUUCCUAAGAAAACAAGGACCAAAAUCAUUUCUGUUGGUGACUCUUUGGAGGAUACUGCUAGCUCUCCAGUUAAUAGUCCCAAGGUUAGUGAUUUGAGCCCAGUAACUAUGCAUCCAAGAAAGGGAAAGGGAGAUACUUUAGAGCAUUAUCCAGAACUGCAGGCAAAUGAAAGAAGUGAGGUAAACUAUAGUGGAAAGAAUAUUAAUGAAUGUACAGAUUUAAGGAACAGGGGGCUGUGCUUGGUUCCUUUGUCCAAGUUAGUGAACUAUUUUGGUUAAUUUCAUUGUUAUUAGAACAUCUUUCUCUCUCUCUCUCUCUCUCUUCCUUGGAAAACAUCUUAUGAAAAUGGACAAAGAAACUUCCUGCCAAUAUUUUAUUGCUUGUAUUGAGUUUUAAACUCAUCUCUCAUCAUCUGUAAAUUAAACUAAAUCUUGUCCAUGUAUAUAUCUUGUGCGUUUUAUGACUUUAUC